GGGCAGGCUUUUGCACUCUUCACAAAUAGGACACGGCUCUCCAACUCAGGCAGUCCCAAUCUGACCUUCAAGCACACGGAACCCUAUAACGUGAAAUCGGCGCGGGACUGUCGAGAGAAAAACACCUAAUCUAAACUUCUGCAAUUUUAACCGUCCAUCACCACCAUCAUCAUCUGUGCAUAAACUGGCCACCGCCAGAUCAGCUGGACUAUACUUAUUUUUUUUUUUACAAAACAUUCAGGGGAGAGGAAAUAAUUUCUUCCUGCCUUGAUUUCUCCCCGUCCCUCAUCUAUCCACCACUUGCAGGGGAGGUGAGCUGAGUGUGUCUCUUGUUUGUUUGUGUGUGUGUGUGUGUGUGUGUGUGUGUGUUUGUGUGUGUGCCUGUCUAACAGUCUAACAGCAGAGCCAGUCGGAUGCUCUGAGCCAACGGGACGCAGUGCUGUAUAUGGAAGUUGUGGGCUGCAAGGCAGAAGCGAGCAGUUGCACAUUGCGUCGUUCAGGAGCGGGAGCCAUGCUGUUCCACGGGAUCUCCGGUGACCACAUCCAAGGCAUCAUGGAGGAGAUGGAGAGGAGAUCCAAAACCGACUCGCGCCUUACCAAGGGCGUGCCGCUCAACGGAAGGGAAUCGACCAUGCCUUCGAUGGGACCGGAGAAGCCCGCGUUGUGUGCUGGCUGUGGAGGCAAAAUCUCGGAUAGAUAUUACCUACUCGCUGUGGAUAAACAGUGGCACCUGCGGUGCCUCAAAUGCUGUGAAUGUAAACAACAUUUGGAGUCAGAACUCACGUGUUUUGCCAAGGAUGGCAGCAUCUACUGCAAGGAGGAUUACUACAGGUUCUCAGUGCAGAGGUGUGCGCGCUGCCACCUCGGGAUAUCGGCAUCGGAGAUGGUAAUGCGUGCACGGGACUCGGUGUACCAUCUGAGCUGCUUCACGUGCACCACGUGCAACAAGACCCUGACCACCGGCGACCACUUCGGCAUGAAGGACAGCCUGGUGUACUGCCGGGUCCACUUCGAGACCAUAGCCCAGGGAGAGUACCCACACCCCGGCCUCAACUACUCCGAGCUGGCGGCUAAAGGCGGAGGUCUGGCGCUGCCUUACUUCAAUGGCACUGGGACAGCUCAGAAGGGAAGGCCUCGCAAGAGGAAGAGCCCCGCCAUGGGCAUAGACAUCGCCAGCUACAACUCAGGUUGUAAUGAGAACGAUGGAGACCACCUGGACCGUGACCAGGCCUACCCUCCCUCCCAGAAGACCAAGCGCAUGCGCACCUCCUUCAAGCACCACCAGCUCCGCACCAUGAAGUCCUACUUUGCUAUCAACCACAACCCCGACGCCAAGGACCUCAAACAGCUUGCCCAGAAGACAGGCCUCACCAAAAGAGUUCUACAGGUAUGGUUCCAAAACGCAAGAGCCAAAUUCAGAAGGAACGUUUUGCGACAGGAGAAUGGUAAUGACAAGGCCGACGGCACGUCACUCCCGCCGCCCUCGUCCGACAGCGGCGCUCUGACGCCCCCCUCCAGUGCGGCCACACUAACAGACCUGACCAAUCCCUCUAUCACUGUAGUGACCUCCGUCACAUCUAGUUUGGACAGCCAUGAUUCGGGGAGCCCCUCACAGACUACCUUGACAAACCUUUUCUAGCAAGCUCUACAACUCUAAGCUCUUAACUCAUUUAUGUUUUUUUUCCAUAAUUUGCAUUUACAUUUUUUUAAACACCUUUAAAGAAAACAGAGACAGUUCUGUGGAUACAGGAAGUACUGUACUGUACCCAACAAAAAAGCAACAAGAUCAACAAGAACAACUACAGCAACAUUUAAACAGGAGGAAAUUAUGUUGAUGUGUAGCAUUUGCAACCGCUUGGCAGCUGUUUGUAGUCAACGUAUUUAGUGAUUGGUUUUGUGUAGAGGACAUUUUGAAUCUGGACGGCAUUGAACAAUUAUGAACAGGGUUCAACAAUCUUGGACAGAGCCCAAAUGGAACUAUUUAAAAUGGGAAAAGUAUAUUAUUUUUACUAUAUUUUAUGUCAUUUGGUUAUUUGAUUAAGUCUAAAUUUAUCCAUCCCUGAUAAUUAAUGUAUUAUUUACAGAUCAAUUAAUUUAAAAUCAUUAAUAUUUUGCUCUAGAAAUGUGUAUGUUAGCACUAUCCUAUUUAAGACAUAUUUAGAUAUUUUGUUUUUUCAAAAUUAAAAUACAUUCGCAGAAUACGUUGUAAAAUAUAAUUCAGAGUUAUCCUGGACCUAACAAAACAUUGGAUUAUUUUAUGGAUUAGUCAUUCUAAUCUCUAAAUUGCACUGUAGACAUUACAAGAACCCGGACAAUUACAACUCAAAUGCCAGGUGGCUGCUGUGACCUCAACAUUCAUUUUGUCUUGACACACCUCAACUGUGAAAUAAAUCAAUAACAACGGAACAAAUCUAUAGAUCUGUACAGUGGUAACUGUCAAAGAUGUAAUGCAGUAACAUUGAUAUUAGAAAGAAUUCCACAAUAGAAAUCAGUGAGUGAAAUUCUGGAUUGGGACACAGUUGAAUCUGCACUGUUUGAAAGGAUUGUUUCCAUGACAGUGCACUUUUUCUAAUCUGCUGGCCUAAUUUUACAUACCAACACACAAAUGGAUUUAAAAAAAUAGUUUAUCUGGAUUCAACGUGCCCGUAGAAUUUCUGUUAAAUAAAAUACUGCCCAUCAUUUUGCUCAGGGUAAAGAAGGGUUGAUUAAAAAAAGGGAAAAGGGAGGAGGUUAAAAAGUGAGGGAUGACAAUGUGGCAGAUUAGAGGCAUAGAGCUGACAGAAACUUUACAAUGACCUCAGAAAACUAGAGAUAGUAGAAGACAUGCAGCCAGUGGGACAAAUAAAUCAUCCUCCAUGUUCACGUUAGGCCAUAUUUAUACUUUCUUUACGAUCACUUGCCACUGAACAGACCAAAAACAUGUUUCCCUCUCAAUGAAUUAAGAGAAAGAAAGAGAAGCAGUCCUUCUGCAGGGUUCUAACAUUUUAAAUGAGUAUUUUGUUGUCUUCUGGGCCAGCUGUUUAAGGUCGUUGGCGUUGGGGUUGUGGUUGAUAGCAAAGCAGGACUACAUAGUGCGGAUUAAGAGAAAGAAAGAGAAGGAGUUCUUGCUGCUGGGUUAAAACAUUUUAUUGUAAUUGUCACUAUUUGUUCUAUUGUAGAACAAAGCGUUAUUCUCAAUCUACUUGAUGAAGUAGAUGCCUAACUCAGUUCUACUAUGUGCCUUAUGAUAUAACUUGGAAGAAAGUUUGUGAACUUCAGGAUUAUAUGUGUUGUUUGUUAACUGAUUCACAUACUUGUGACGCCUCACUAGUUUUGUACUGUUUUACAUCUUAUUUCUGAAGAUCUUUUUAUGGUGUAUCCUGUUAAAAGGGGGCAGCGAUGUCAUAGAAAGCGUUUGUGCACUCUUUCAGAUAUAGUUGGUUAAUCCAAGAAUCUUAUAAAUUGAUUUUCGUGUUAAUAGUUCAGUACAGUAAGUGUUCUAUCAAGAUUGUCCAUGUUUCCCUGUUUCUUGAUAAAGAUGGUGUAUAGAAACUAUUUCCCCUUAAAUAUUUAUGGACCAAACGGUUGUUAUAUAUCUUAUUAAAUUUGUGUGAAUAAAAAUACUUUGCUUUAAAUGAGUUUUUUAUUUUUCAUUACACUUGCCAUUUUUGUGUUGUUCCUUAGAUACUGUUUUAUUUUUUACUCACAUCAACAAAUGAAAAAGCAUUCAAUGAUUGAUUGACCAAUUCAAAACAAGCGUUCCACAUUUUUACUCUUAUUUUAAUUUCCUAUUUUAUGGUGUUUACAGUUAUAAAGUAAUGCCCCAUGGAUUUGCACCUAAACCAAGUCGUCCAAAAAUUCUGAAAAUGGCUUUUUAAUGCAUGAAUAUGGCUAUAACUUUUUAAAAUUGAAAAAGGAAUGCUGCAAAGCACACAUUGAUUGAUAUAUCUAUGUAGAGCUAAAGUGAAGAGUAAAUGCAGACCCAUAAAGCCAGGUUGCUCUGUAGUUAAUA